CGCCCUGGGCCGGGCUGCGGGCGAUGCUGCUGCGGAGCGUGGCCCGGGGAGCCCUGGCGGUGGCCGCAGGUCCCGGCUGCCCGGGGCCACGCCGACUCUCCGGCUGGGACUGGUGCCAAAAGCUUCCUGGAGGCGACAGCAUUCUGCACAGGUACCAUGGCCAGUCCCCAGUCCACGAAGGCCGCAGAAUGUUCGGGAAGGACCAUGUGGAGGGGGACUCCCAAACAGGUGCAGAUGGCACCCAGCAACCCACGUCCUCCCUGCCCGGUGGGGGCCCCGCAGAACGCCCAUACCCCCCGCCACCCGAGCUGCAGCCCCCCACAAACUGCUGCCUGAGUGGCUGCCCCAACUGCGUGUGGGCAGAGUAUGCAGACGCACUGCUGCAGCACUACCAGGAUGGAGGGGAGCGGGCCCUGGCCGCCCUGGACGAGCACGUGGCUGAUGAGACCCUCAAGGCCUUCCUCAGGAUGGAGAUCCGGCUCCGCAUGCGGGAAGGAGGCUGAGCCGGCCUGGCGGGACUCCUCCCCGACAGGCUCCAGCCCCGCAGCUCCUCUCCCUGUAGCCCCUUCGUGGGGCUUGUGGCGGAGGGAAUAGGAGGAGUUAUUUAUUGACUUAAUCUGAGAAUAAACAAGUUCUCUGGUGGUGAGA